AUGGUCAUAGACACGAAAUUUGACUUGCUUCCAUUUCUUGCAAAACAUCAAAAAUUCAAGGCAAAGGUGGAAUACAAUCCUGACGAAAUUUGUGAGAUGAUCGAGACAGCUCGGGUGUUGUUCUCGAACGAAGGUGCACUGAUUGAUGUUUCAAUACCAGUGAUCGUUGUUGGUGAUAUUCAUGGACAGUACGUGGAUUUGCAACGGAUUUUUGCGGCGGUUGGGCGGCCAGGUCGAACACGCUUUCUGUUUCUUGGUGAUUAUGUCGAUCGUGGACCGCAGUCUCUCGAAUGUAUAUGUUCACUUGUCGCUUGGAAAAUCGCAUAUCCGAAAAGAAUAUUUUUACUUCGUGGCAAUCAUGAAUUUGCCUCUGUGAAUCGAGAAUACGGCUUUUAUGAUGAAUUAGCUGCAAGAUUUAGCGUUGGUCAGGCAAUGCGUCUGUGGAAAGAAUUCAACGAUCUAUUUUCAAUUUUCCCCUUUUCCGCUUUAAUAAAAAAUAGAAUACUCUGCAUGCACGGUGGUCUCAGCCCACAUCUCGAGUCGCUGAACGAUAUUCGCAAUAUAAAAAUGCCUGUAAUGGAGGUGUUCCCAGAUACAUUAGAACAGGAUUUAGUUUGGUCGGAUCCGAAAUUAGACAUCAAAGGUUACGAACCUAACAAAUUGCGUAAUGUGAGCGUGGCAUUUGGUGAAGACAUUGUCUAUAAAACAUGCAAGCGCUUAAACUUGGAUCUUAUUAUACGGGCACAUCAGGUGAUGGAAAAUGGGUAUGGAUUUUUUGCUGGUCGUAAACUAGUUACAAUUUUCUCGGCACCGUUAUAUGCAGAACUGAAUAACAGAGGAGCAGUUAUACGUAUUAAUGCAGAAAUGGUAAUUAGCUAUGUAUUAUUGAAUCCUGUAUCACAGACGACUGCUGGUAAGGAUAAUUUCCAACGUUCCUUCAAGGACGACCAAAGAUCCUAUCGUAUGGAUGAAUUGAAUAAUGCUACAAUGCUACCACAACUUCAAUAA